AUUCUUUAUUGCAUUGCGAGGCUGAUCUGUGAGGCAUGGCGUUUCUUUGGCGGUUCCUCGGUGAACUCUUCCACGUCAUCGAACCCGUGCCCGCUGCAAUAUCUCGCAAGAGGCGUCCUACCGAUGACACAUUUGCAGCAACAGCAAUUCCUCCAUCACAGCCAUCCUCAAUUGGGUACAACGACUUCGUCAAUGCAAUUAUCGACAUAGACGCAGUCAAAGCCAGCUCGAUUGGCAGCAACAGUGGAUCGUCGCGCAGCUUCGAUGAUCCAAACGAUCCGUUGACUCCGAGAUACCAACUCUCCAAUUCACAACAGUUCCAACACUCGGGUACCCAAGAGCAGACGUUGUCGUCCGUGGCACCACAGCGCAUGUCGUCGCAGCGCAGCAUCAAACCGCACCUCGCACCGCAUUUGGCUGUGCCACCACCGCCACCAUCUUCUCGACAUGGAGGAGGUGGCCUCCCACGUUUGCGCGAAAGAUUGACGGAACCUCCGCCCGUAGCCACGACAAAAUCAACGUCGUCGAGACUUCGACAGAGCCAAAAGCCGCCUCCAGCGUCCAUCCAUCGCCGCAACUCCUCUUGGUUAUUUGAAUACCAAGACAAUCCAUCCACGUACGUUGACAGCUUUGGCGCACCGCCCAAGGCGAGCUGUCGCGCCCCCAUGAGCAAUCGCACUCGAUUGAAUACGAUGGUGCCAUCGACGGCCACCUCAUCCACCCAAAUGCACGAUCAACCGCCACCCCAGUCUCUGUCACAUCCGUCGGGAUCAUUCGGGCCGCCCUCGCUCGAGCUUCGAUUGCGACGAUCGCCCCAGCGCAUGCGGAAUCAUGCGUUGAAUAUUGCCAAAGAAAUGAGCGGCCGAAACAGCGCCGAUAGCGGACGAUUCAGCACGAGCUCCCUCCUGAGUCCUCUGGCGGCCACAAGCAAUCGUACGAGUCCAAAAAGGCCAGAAUCAUCGACGACGCGCCGACCUGUCGCCCGUCGGUUGUCGUCGUCAGAGUACUUGGCCCGGCACGCGUCAAGCGACUUUAUGACUGUGCAUCAGCCCGAAUGUACCAUGACGAGUCAGACAUAUGCACCGCGACCGCCGCCGACAGUGUCGAACGUACUGAGUAAUGACAUGCUGAGCCAGUUUCAGGCCAUUCGAACGCGAAGCGACUUUGUUCUCGCGGGACUGCCGCGAAAACCGUCCAUGAACUUGAGUGAGCGACUCCAUGAAGCAGCGCGUCGAAUUCCGCAAGAAACGUUGCUGCCAACGUGUCGGAAAAUCACGCGAACCAACACCCCGAAGACGACCAAGCGAGUUCGUUUCACAGAUUAGAGUAGACGGACGUCCCCACACACUGCCAUCGUCUCGACGACGUAGCUGAACGAUCCAAGAUGCAGCAUAACGUAUGCGAAGAUGAGUUUGCUGGGUGGAUAGAGCCUUACGCUAGCAUUGC